AUGAAAGUAUUGGGCUUCAAUUGUUGGAUCUAUCGAGUUUGUUUUCCAUAUCGAGGGGCACAAGUCUACUUUUUUGCAGGACAUAUGAACGAAUCUUCUCAAAGGUCUCCACCGCGGGCGUCGAUCGCUUUCAUGAACAUAGUAGUAGCUUUUGAAGUUUACUUUUUUGCAAGAGCCUCGAAGCUCUCGCUUCUUGUUUUCUGAUGGAUUAUUUUCAUUUUAGGCAUACAAAAAAAAAAACACAACACAAAAAAACGGAAGACGCGCAAAUAUCGGGUCGUUUGAAAAUCGGCGCGUUUGAAAAAAAGGGGGGUUUGAAUUGCCGCGUUACCAAGGAGGGGAAGGAGAUGGCCGGGUCUUGCAAGAGCGAGCCGCGCCCUGCGAGAGAGGGCCGCGCCUUGCAAGUGCGCGCCGCGUCUUGCGAGUGCGCGCCGUAGGUAGGGCGCGGCCUUGUCUUGGCGAGUCGCGCCUUGCUCUUGCGAGUGCGAGGCGCGUCCUGCGGGUGCGAGGCGCGUCUUGCGAGUGUGGGCCGCGUCUUGCGGGUGUGAGUCGCGUCCUGCGAGUGUGGGCCGCGUCUUGCGAGUGCGAGCCGCGUCGUGCGAGUGCGGGCCGCGUCUUGCGAGUGCGAGCCGCGUCGUGCGAGCGCGGGCCGCGUCUUGCGCGUCACGCCUUGCGAAUGUGGGCGGGCCGCGUCUUGCGAGUGCGAGCCGCGUCUUGUGAGUGCGAGCAGCGUCGUGCGGUUGCGAGUGUGAGCCGUGUCCUGCGGGUAUGAGUGGCUGCGUCUUGCGAGUUCGGGCCGCGUCUUGCGAGUGCGAGUCGCGCCUUGCGAGUGCGGGCCGCGUCUUGCGAAGGCGGUCGGGCCCGCGUCUUGCGAGUCGGGUCAUGCGAGUGCGAGCCGCGUCGUGCGAGUGCAAGGCCGAGCCGCGGCGUGUUGUGGGUGCAACUGCGAGAGCGGGCCGUGCCGUGUGAGUGCGAGCCGCGUGCGUCUUGCGAGUGUGACCCGCGGGCGUCGUGUGAGUGCGAGCCGCUCUCUGUGAGUGCGAGCCGCGCCGUGUGAGCCGCGUUCUGCGAGUGCGCGGCGUGUCUUGCGAGUGUGGGCCGCGUCUUGUGAGUGCGAGUCGCGUGCUGCGGGUGCGGGUGCGUGUGCGGGUCGCGUGCUGCGAGUGCGAGCCACGUGCUGCGAGUUGUGUCUUGUAAGUGCGGGCCGCGUCUUGUGAGUGUGAGCCGCAUCCUGUGAGUGUGAUGCGCGUGCUGCGAGUGCGGCCCGCGUGCUGCGAGUGUGGGCCGCGUGCUGCGAAUGCGGGCCGCGUGCUGCGAAUGCGGGCCGCGUGCUGCGAGUGCGGGCCGUGUCUUGCGGUCGUGUCUUGCGAGUGUGAGUCGCGUCGCGUCGCGUCGCGUCGCGUCGCGUCGCGUCGCGUCGCGUCGCGUCGCGUCGCGCCGCGUCUUGUGAGUGCGAGCCGUGUCUCGCGAGUGCGAGCCGCGUCGUGCGAGCGCGGGCCGCGUCUUGCGAGUGCGAGCCUUGUCGUGCGAGUGUGAUCCGCGUCGUGCGAGUGGGUGCGAGCCGCGCUCUGCGAGUGCGGGCGCGAGUCGCGUCCUGCGAGUCAGUGCGGGCCGCGUCUUGUGAAUAAGAGCGGCGUCUUGCGAAUGUGAGUCGUGUCCCGCGAGUGUGACGGAGCCGCGUCUUGCGAGUGUGAGUCGCGUCCUGCGAUUGUGAGCCGCGGGCGCCUUGUGGGUGUGGUGCGUGUCGUGCGAGUGAUGUUCGCGCCUUGCGAGUGCGAGCCUCGUCCACCUGUGAGCGUGGGCCGCGUCUAGCGAGGGCGAGGGAGCCGCGUCUUGUGGGUGUGAGUCACGUCGUGUGGGUGUGAUUCGCGUCGUGUGAGUGCGCGCCGCGUCUUGCGGGUGCGAGUGAGUCACGUCUUGCGAGUGCGCGUCGCGUGCGUCUUGCGAGCGCGAGUGCGAGUGCGAGUGCGGGUCGUGUCUUGCGAGUGCGAGCCGCGUCUUGCGAGUGCGAGCCGCGUCUUGCGAGCGCGAGCCGCGUCUUGCGAGUGCGAGCCGCGUCUUGCGAGCGCGAGCCGCGUCCUGCGAGUGCGAGCCGCGUCUUGCGAGUGCGAGUCGCGUCUUGCGAGUGUGAGUCUCGUCUUGCGAGUGCGAGUUGCGCCUUGCGAGUGCGAGCCGCGUCGUGCGAGUGCGAGCCGCGUCCUGCGAGUGCGAGCCGCGUCUUGUGAGUGCGAGCCGCGUCUUGCGGGUCGCGUCUCGCGAGUGUGUGCCAGCUGGGCGGGUGGGUCUUGUGGGUCGCGUUUUGCGAGCGCGGGCCACUUCUGUUCUUGUGAGUGUGGGUCGUGCCUUGCGAGUCGUGCGCGCCGCGUCUUGCGAGUGCGAGUUGCGUUCCGCGAUUGUGCGUUCGUUGCGUCUUGUGAGUCGCGUCAUGUGAGUGCGGGCCGCGUCUUGCAUUGCGGAUGCGCGUUGCGUCUUGCGAGUGUGAGCGAGUCACGCCUUGCGAGUGUGAGCCGCGUCUUGCGAGUGUGGUUCGCGUCUUGCGAGUGUGGGCCGCGCCUUGCCUUCUCUUGUGAGUGCGAGCCGCGUCGUGUGAGUCGCGUCGUGUGGGUCGCGUCGUGUGGGUCGCGUCGUGUGGGUCGCGUCGCGUGAGUCGCGUCGCGUGGGUCGUGUCGUGCAGGUCGCGUGCUGCGAGUGUGGGCCGCGUGCUGCGAGUGUGGGCCGCGUGCUGCGAGUGUGAGCCGCGCCGCGCGCGUCAGCGUGGGCCGCGUCGGUCUUGCGAGGGAGUGCGGGCAGGAUCUUCCUUUGCGAGUGCGAGCCGCGUUGGUUUUCUCUUGUGAGUGUGAGCCGUGUCAUGUGCGUCUGGGCUGCAUCUUGCAAGUGUGUGUGUGAGUCACAUUUCGUGAGUGUGAGAGAGCCGCGUCUUGCGAGUGUGAGCGAGCCGCGUCCACUUGUGAGCGUGAGGCGCGUCCACUUGUGAGCGUGGGCCGCGUCUACUUUUGAGCGUGGGCCGAGUCUGCUUGUGGUUGUGAGGAUAGGCCGCCUCUACUUGUGAGCGCGCGCCGCGGUAGUUUGCGAGUGUGAGGGGGUCGCGCCUUGCGAGUGUGGGGGGGUCGCGUCUUGUCAGUGUGAGUCUGUGGCCUGUCUCCUUUGCGAGUGUGGGGCGCGUGCGUCUUGGCUUGCGAGGAGUGCGAGCCGCACCAUGCGCGUGUGGGCGGUUGUGUUUUGUGAGUUCGGGUCGCGUCUUGUGAGUGCGCAGCGCGUUGCGCCUAUUCUUGUGAAUGCGAGCCGUGUCUUGUGAGUGUGGGCCGCGUCUCGUGAGUGUGAGCGAGGGGCCAUGCCCGGCUAGUGUGAGCCGUGUCGUGUGAGUAUUGGCCACGUCUUGCGAGUGUGUGUCGCGUCUCUUGAGUGCGCGGGCGCCGCGUCUUGUUGGUGUGAGUCCGUCGCUUCGUGUGAGUAUGCGCCGCAGUUAGUGAGUGCGAGCGGCGCUCGCGUCGUGUGAGUGUGAGCCGCGUCUUGCGAGUGUGGGUUCGUUGCGUCUUCCUUGUGAGUGUGGGCCGCCUCUCGCGCGUGCGGUUCGCGUCUUGCGAGUGUGGGCCGCGUCUUGCGAGCAGUCUGCGAGACGCGUCAUGUGAGUGUGAGUCCUGUCAGGCGAGUGGCUGCGCGUCGCGUCUUGCGAGCUGUGCGUGAGUCGUGCUCUCUCACGGAUGGCACGCCAAGGAGAGCGAGCCAAACUCUCUCGAACGUGAGUCGCGUCGCGUGAGACUGAGUGUGCGCCGGGUCUUGCUCUUUUGAGUGUGGGCCGCGUCUUCUCUUGUGAAGAAAUGCGAGCUGGCCGCAGCUUGCGAGUGUGAGCCGCGUUGUGUGAAUGCGAGCCACGUCGUGGGAGCGUGGGCGAGUCGAUUCCUGCGAGUGCGUCUCCCUCGCGUCUCGCGAAUGCGUGGGAUGGGUUUGUGAGUGUGAGGGGGUCCCGCUUGGCGGGUGUGAGUCGUGUCGCGUGAGUACCAGCCGCGCCUUCUGAGUGUGAGCUGAGCCGCGUCUUCUGAGUACGGGCCGCGUCUUGGGAGUGUGAGAGAGGGGGUCGCGCUGUGUGGUUGGGAGUCGCGUCGUGUGAGUGUGAGCCGCGUCUUGUGGGUGUGAUUCGCGUCUUUUGGGUUUGCUUCGUGCCUUGUGACUGUGAGCGCGGGCUGCGUUUUGCGGGUGCGUGCGGGUUGUCUUGUGUCUUGUGAGUGCUGUGCGCCGCGUCUUGUGAUGAGUCAGCGCGAGGCGUGCCUUGUGAGUUUGGGGCAAGUAGGUGGGGCCAGGGUUCAUGUGGCUGCAAAGAGACAUGCCAGGGCUGGCUGGGUCGGGAGUGGCUGAGACUCUUGCUGGGCUGUCCCAGAAUGAGAACGAAGCCGCGCAGGGUUGCCUUGGGGCUUGCGUGCUCCCUUGCCGCCCGACCUCCUUGCGAUUACAUGAAGCGGGCGCGGCAGAAGCUGAGCACGUCUUAGCCUUGGGCGGGGGCUGCCGGGCCGCAGGUCGCGCUGCCUCGAGGGUGAAGGAAUGAGGCUGCGCCUGGGUUAGGGGCUUGCAGAAACCGCCUGACCGCCUUGAGAGAGCGGGGGCGCGAGAUUGUGGCGGCGUGGGUGUGUCUCGACUCGGCAGCGUGCUUGAAUGAGUGACGGAGGGGAGAGCGGGCUGGAGGUGUGCUGGGUUAGAGUGGAUCGCUCGGGGCAGCUGGGUGGCGUCGCAAAUUGAAGCGGGCUGCGCUUGGUUGAGAGAAGGGGGGCGAGAUGCGUGCUGCGGCUUUCUCAUCUGGAGGGGCAAGGGGCGGCUAUGUAUGCUGCUCGGGGGCUCGGUUUUGGCUGGUGGUGCUUGUGCAGGGGCUUCGCUUUCUUUCAAACGGGUCGAUUUUGUUUCAAAGGGGUCGAUUUUAUUCAAAGCGUUCGAUUUUUUCAAUAGGAAGGAUGGUGGUCGAUUCCUUACAAAUCGACCACUACAAGAUCCUACAAAAGUCAUCCCCAGAUGCCUACAAAUUGUAUCCUUUGAAAGCCUACAAAAAAAAUCCAUCGCUUUGAUCUCUCUCAGUAGUUUUCCCGUUGAAUCUUAGGCGUCUGGCCUGCUGCUUCUUUCAAACGCUACGAUUUAUUCAAACACUACGAUUUUUCUUGUUUUCUUUCUUUUUUACCUAUAGGCCUUCAAGCUAUAAGUUGCGUAACCAGAUGCGUUGUUAUGAUGUAAUGUGAUUUUUUUUUAGCGUGAAGGAGUAGGGACAUAAUUGAGAACAGCUCUUGUCUACGUGCAUCAUCUACAUAAUGUAAAUUUUAACUGAGUGGCUUUCAUAUCGAUCGAACAAUCGCCGAGAUGGAAGAGGAAGCUUGGUAUAUAUAUAUAUACAUAUAUAUAUACAGCAUCGCGCCCAUAUCGAUCAGUAGAACUCUCAAUCUAAUUUGGAUGGGGAUGUCUCAUGUAUCUACUUCAAUUGAUUUCCAUACUAAUGAUGACGAAUCUAAAAGGUAUCGCUUUCCAUAUUUUUUCGCUGCAAUUGAAGAAGAAGUUCUCGAGCAGAUUAAAGCUGCGACUGAUCGUUUGUGCAUUCAGGUCGUAGCUAUGUAUCCAUACUGUUUACUGCACAUCAUGCAAGUAGAAUGAGUAACGAGAGACCUCCACUGAGUUCGUGCUGGUGGUAUUGGUUCUGAAUGAAUAGAUUGGAUUUCGAUGGAAUGAGAUCGAUUGAUCAGAAACAGCGAAGAACUUCUUUUGAUCUCUUACCUCUACUCGAUGUUCGAUCAGAAACUGACCCACAAAACAAACCCUGGCCAGUAUGAAAAGUCUCGGAGUAAGAUUCGUCAUAUGUAGGUGCCUUCUCUCGUUCUGUGUUCG